UCUCUCUCUCUCUCUCUUAAGAUUUCAAUUGAAAGAUGGGUACCGAGGCACUUGGGGUGAAGGGAGAUAAGUACAGAUCCCACAUUAAUGGGGAAGGAGAGAAGAAUACUAAAUGGAGUUUGGGUGCUCCUCCUACCUAUGAUGUUGUCAACAAGCUCUUUGAAGAAGACCGAUUUAAGGAGUGGCCCACUGGAUCCAUUGAAGAAAGACUGCAAAAUCUCAUUAAAACAUUUGAAAUGGAGCUCUUCCAUAAGAUUUGCCCAGAUGAUAACAAAACAAUGAACACUCAAAAGUUUACUCUCACCAUCAAUGGAGGGAAACCCAUGUCUCUUGAGGAGAUUGGAAAGGUUGGAGGCUAUAGGGCAUUCUGGCAAACCUCCUUAGGAGACCGUUUACGUGCCUAUGACCCAUCUAGUGAGACACCUGAGUCAUACCAGGAGACAUUCAAAACAACAUUCCCUCGUGGUUUUGCCUUGGAAAUCCUUCAGGUUUAUUCAGGUCCUCCAGUGAUUGCCUACAAGUUCAGACAUUGGGGUUACAUGGAAGGUCCUUUCAAAAACCAUCCUCCUACUGGUGAGAAAGUAGAAUUGUAUGGAGUAGGCAUCGUUGAGGUUGAUGAAUCAAUGCUAAUUGAGAAGGUGGAGUUCUUCUAUGAUGCUGGAGAAUUGCUAGCUGGUCUUCUCAAAGGUCCUAUUUUAGAGGGAUUUGGAUAUGACACCUCGCCAAAUUCAUCUCUUGGUUGCCCUUUCCUGAAAGGAGUGUAGGAGUUGGUCAAUCCACUCUAUGGAUUUUGGAAGUCCAUAAUUCCGAAAUCAUGUGUGCUUUUCAUAUCAGUCUUAAAAGAGUGUGGAAGUUUGUCAUUAAUAAAUUAUGGAUGGUGACAAAGGAAUAUUGUCAUCAACAUAACUAGUGGAAGUUUGUCAUUAAUAAAUUAUGGAUGGUGACAAAGGAAUCUUGUCAUCAACAUAACUAGUGGAAGUCAUGGUUAAUGGGAUUGUGCUGUAAUCUUCAAAUUGUCUUUGUGAAGAAGUGUAAGCAUGAUGAAUGAAUUAAAAUAAAAUGAUGUAUAUAUUUAUUUGA